AGCAUCAGCAGCAGCAGCGAUGACACCGACACACAAAGGCCUGAUGUUGGCGAGCGUCCUGCUCUUCUCUCUGUGUCUCGGGGCGGCGGCCACGUUUGACAGCCGGCUGGAUUUCCACUGGAAUCUGUGGAAGAAGACUCACGAGAAGUUGUACAGAAAUGAGGAUGAGGAAGGGAGCCGCAGGGAAUUGUGGGAGCAGAAUCUGAUGCUCAUUACCAAACACAACCUGGAGGCUUCAUUGGGAAUUCACACGUACGAACUGGGCAUGAACCACAUGGGAGACCUGACACCGGAGGAGAUCCUGCAGUAUUACGCCACAUACAUUCCUCCCACCGACAUCCAGAGGGCACCAUCUCCCUUCGCUGGGACGUCAGGUGCUGCUGUACCGGACACCGUCGACUGGAGAGAGAAGGGCUACGUCACCAAAGUCAAGAUGCAGGGUUCCUGCGGUUCCUGCUGGGCUUUCAGUGCCGUUGGAGCUUUGGAGGGCCAGUUAUUCAAGAAGACGGGGAAGCUGGUGGACCUGAGCCCCCAGAACCUGGUGGACUGUUCGUCUACAUCUAGAUACGGAAACCUCGGCUGCAACGGUGGCUACAUGCACAAAGCCUUCCAGUAUGUCAUCGACAACCAGGGCAUCGACUCUGACGCUUCAUAUCCCUACACAGGACGGCAGGCGUCACAGUGCAACUACAACCCCAGCUACCGUGCUGCCAACUGUUCCCGGUACGACUUCCUGCCUUUGGGCGACGAGGGGGCUCUGAAGCAGGCGCUCGCCACCAUCGGACCUAUUUCAGUGGCAAUUGACGCCACACGACCCAGAUUUGCUUUCUACAGGAGUGGAGUGUACGACGACCCGUCCUGCACCAAGAAUGUGAACCACGCUGUGUUAGCUGUGGGCUACGGCACGCUGAACGGACAAGACUACUGGCUGGUAAAGAACAGCUGGGGAACUUCGUUUGGAGAUCAGGGCUACAUCCGGAUGGUACGCAACAAGAACGACCAGUGUGGCAUCGCUCUUUACCCCUGCUACCCCACCAUGUAGCUGCACUGAAUCUGUUUUAAAAAAAGGUUCCCCUCUCUUUUCUACAGAAAUUUUUUCUUAAGGUUUAUGUUCACACUGAUUGAAACAUUUUUUAGUUUUGUUUUUAGAAACUAUUUUUAUGUACCUUCUGCCAGAAGACAAAAAUGUCUUUAAAUACUACAGUUUACCAUCUGUGGCCUUGUCUUGUAAGACUGUGAGUUUGUUUGUAUCUGACUGUGUGUGUGUACGAAUCUAUAAUAAAGAGACAGAUGUACUCCUC